AUCUUAAUAUACUUUCGCGGGAUGUUUUAACACGUGAUAAAUGUUGUCAGCUGCAAACCAAACGAAUCAGACAGCGCCUAUAAAAGUAUCUCGUUGUAAAAGAUGUCCUCUCCAAGUAGCAGAGUAAGUACUCCCAGCACCAGGAGCAAACGAGGCCGUGGUGAUGAAAGUGCAAAUGGUACCCCCAGCAAGCGAGGACGUAGUAGUCAAGGCGACAGCCCGGAACAUCCAGUUACACCUAGACGCUCGGGGCGAUCCACAGCACAUGGAACUCCAUCCAGCAAAGCUGGCACUCCUCGUCGUAGUACCCGUGGAAGUACCGCAACGUCGCCCAAGGCUCCGUCAGAUAGACCACUAGACUCCUCACCAGGGGGCGACUUACCUCCUAUGCCCUCCUCCCCUGCCUCAGGGGAGCCAGGACACGUCCAUGAUACUUCCCUCUUCUCCAGCCCUGGGGGUGCUAGACCAGGUAUAAGUGAGCUUGAUAUGAGUUCACCUUUGAACUAUGGCACCCCUAGUUCAUCACGCCUUGGAAGCACUCCAGGACGUAGUGUUGGUACACCCAUCCGUCCAAGGAGUGACAUCCGUAGUGACAGGAAGAUUAGGCAAGUUAACUUGGGCUCAGAUCAAUCGGGUGAGCCAGCUACCGAGCCAACUGGAGCAGUGACCAGUGACCAACCCGCCGGUCAGCAGAUGGUCAUCUGGGGAACCAAUGUGGUUGUCACGGAAACCAAAGAUAAAUUUCAGCGAUUUGUUGAGCGUUUCAUCGAUCAUGACGCUGACCCUUCUGAAGGCAUUAAUCCUCAUGAACCACUCUAUUUGCAGAAAUUAGAAGAGAUCCAAACCCUUGAGUUGCCAUUUUUGAAUGUGAACUGUAAGCACAUGAAGGACUUUGAUGCGGACCUCUACAACCAGCUGGUCACCUACCCGCAGGAAGUGAUUCAGAUUUUUGACAUGGCUGCCAAUGAGAUGUUCUUUGAACGUUAUCCCGAUACAAACCUUGAGCAUCAGGUCCAGGUCAGGACCUUCAAUGCAGAGAAGACCAAGAACAUGAGGUCCCUGAACCCUGAAGAUAUUGACCAGCUGAUCACCAUCACUGGAAUGGUCAUCCGUACCUCCCAGCUCAUUCCUGAGAUGCGCGAAGCGUUCUUCCGUUGCCACGUCUGCUCCUAUACCCAGAGUGUGGAGAUUGACCGUGGUCGUAUCGGAGAGCCGGCCGUUUGCCGAGGCUGUCAGACCAAGUACAGCAUGGCGCUCAUUCACAAUAGAUCACAGUUCUCGGACAAGCAGAUGGUUAAACUCCAGGAAUCACCAGAUGACAUGCCUGCCGGUCAGACCCCACACACCGUCGUCCUCUAUGCCCACAACGAUCUUGUAGACUAUGUAUCGCCUGGUGACAGGGUGUCCGUGACCGGUAUCUACCGUGCUACCCCUCUCCGCGUGAACCCCAAUCAACGCAAUGUGAAGGCUGUGUACAAGACCUACAUUGAUGUCAUCCAGUUCUGCAAGGAUGAUUCAGAGAGGCUACAUGAGAAUGUAGAUGAUGGUGAUGAUAAACAAACUUUCACAGAGGAGCGUAAGGAAGAGCUCAUCAAUCUCUCCAAGACAUCAGAUAUCUACAACAGACUUGCUCGAGCACUAGCACCAAGUAUUUAUGAGAAUGAAGACAUCAAGAAAGGAAUCCUCUGUCAGUUGUUUGGAUCAGCCAAGAAAGAUUUCUCUAAUGCAGGAAGAGGCAAUUUCAGAUCCGAUAUCAACAUCCUCCUGUGUGGAGACCCUGGUACCAGUAAGUCACAGUUGCUUCAGUAUGUACAUCGUUUGGUCCCUAGGGGGCAGUAUACAUCAGGCAAGGGGUCGAGCGCUGUCGGUCUGACUGCCUACGUCACAAAGGAUCCGGAGACGAGGCAGCUGGUUUUACAAACUGGAGCUCUCGUACUCAGUGAUAAUGGAAUCUGUUGCAUCGAUGAAUUUGACAAGAUGAAUGACAGUACAAGAUCUGUUUUACAUGAAGUUAUGGAACAACAAACACUCUCAAUCGCCAAGGCUGGGAUCAUCUGUUCUCUGAAUGCCCGUACAUCCAUCUUGGCCGCUGCUAACCCUGUGGACUCGCAGUGGAACCCUAAGAAGACUAUUAUUGAUAACAUUCAGCUCCCUCAUACCCUCCUCUCAAGGUUUGACCUAAUCUUCUUGAUGCUAGAUCCCCAGAAUGAGAUCUUCGAUCGGCGCCUUGCCAACCAUCUUGUUUCCCUUUAUCAUCAAGGAGGCCAAGAAACGGAAGAGGAAUUCUUGGACAUGAGCCUGCUGAGGGACUACAUUUCUUACGCACGGACCUACGUCCAGCCAAACCUCGGUGACGAGGCUAGUCAGCUCCUUAUCCAGGCAUAUGUAGAGAUGAGGAAGAUUGGCAGUGCCAAGGGAAUGGUGUCUGCGUAUCCUAGGCAACUGGAAUCGCUGAUAAGGCUGUCCGAGGCACACGCUCGCAUGAGGUUCUCUAAGGAGGUGGAGAGGGAGGAUGUUCACGAGGCUAAGAGGCUCCACUAUGAGGCCCUGAAGCAGGCUGCCUUUGACCCGAGAGACGGAACCAUCAACGUUGACAUCCUAGCCACCGGUGUUAGUAACACGGCCCGUAAGCAGCAGCAAGAAUGUGCUAGCGCCCUCAAGAAGCACAUCGAAGCAAAGGGCAAGGUCGUCAUGCUCAAGUAUCAUCAGCUUUACGAAGAGUUCCGACAGUCAUCGGAUCUGCCCAUUACAAGAGAUAUGUUCGAUGGAGCAUUGAGAGUUCUACAGGACCAGGACUUCUGUAUCAAGACCAACAAAACCAUCAGGAUUAUCUAAAACUAGAAUUGGAUGGACCAAGACUUCUGUGUUAAGACCAUCAUGAUUAUCUAAAAUCUAGACUUUGAUGGAUCCUUUAUUGCUCAGGAUCUCGCAAAAUAAGGUUACUUUAAUUAUUUUCAUAAGUACCUCAAAUUUUAUCUAGUUAUGCGAAUAUUAAAAAAAAACGAUGUUAGAUUGAAUAUUCAAUCUUAUAAAGACUAGAUGGAAACCAGAAAUAUAAUAAUAAUCAGUAUAUCAUUGAUUGAAAUAUAAUUGAUUAUAUAAUAUAACACUCAUAUAUUUUUGUUGUUGCAGAUGUGGUGUUGUUAAAUAGGGUUUGGUAAUUACACUUUCUAUGAGAGAAAUGUAUUUCUUUGAACUCUCUACAUGAUUAUGUUUUAAGUUUUAAUAAGAAGAAUAUGUGAAUUUCUUCUGUUUGAAAUAUGAAUAAAAUAGCUUUGUAAGAACAUUCGCUAUAAAUGUCCUCAUCACUUUUGCAUGUAAAUUUCUGCAAAACCUAAUGAAUUGCUCAAAUAAGAAGGCGAAAAACAUCCACAGCAUCCUUGUAUUGCAACAGCCUCUACAAUGAUCGCUACAAAGUCAAACUGAAUACCAGUGUUUCUUGUUAAUAUUCUGUAUACGGUAUUAAGUUAUUAUUUCAGAGUGGUGUUUAUAUUUUUGUUUACUUAAGCCAGUCAGUCUUCAUCAGGACUCUUCAUAGGAUACCAAACAUAUUAGUACGUCUAUGGUAGCGAAAGCAUCUAAGAAAUUAUCCCUAUCAAAAUUGCAGAGUGAAAAAUUGUGAAGAAAAAUGUUUUUUUAAACUGAACAUAUUGAAGGUAUUAAACAUUAUAUCCCAAGUUUUGAAUAUCAAUGGCUCUGUGAAUAACUUUCAGGUUGAGUUUAGCUUCAAACAUGUUUUCUUUAUGAAAAUGUUAGUAUUUCUUCUUUAUUUUUUGUCCUUAAGUUACUCUUGUGUCAACCAUUUGGUAAUUCAAUGUGAAUAUCAAAAUCACAGAAAACCGUUCAAUAAUUAGCGUGUAUACUGUUGUCCCUAUACAAUUUUGAACCUCUUAUACAAAUGUGUUGUAUGUGAGGGUCCCCUCUUUAUUUUCUAUUUUAGUUAUUAUGUUUGUUUCUAACAAAUGGUUGAUUAUCAAAGAUAUUUAUUUAAUCUUAUGAAUCCAAGGUAUUUUAACCUGCCAAUUACUUUUGCAGUGCAUAUGCUAUUUCUAAACACAUGGGGAAAAAAUUCACAUUUUUAGUUUAAAUUCAACAAGUGUAACUUUUUUUUGUUGGAGAAAGUGCCUUAAAUGUAUCAUGAAAUGAACUGUAUAUAAUAUAAUAUCCUUUUUUUUUGAAAAAAAUGUAAAAAAAGCUCAUCUGUAAUAUAAAUUUGUUUGUACAUAUUGUAUGUAUUAACGAGGUGUCAUUGUGCUUUCUAGCCCUGCCCCAGUUUCAUGGAAGAUUGUUAGUAUUAAUAGCAAAGGCAAAAUUAUUUUUGUCCCAUUAGCUAUCAGCCAAUCAAAUGCUA